AUGACAUCAUUACAGAGUGGUGUAAGAUCAGAGAAGAUACAGUACAUCUACCAGAAUAGAAACGUCCAGAUGAAAAGACCCAAUCUAGUGAGACAGCUUGAUUUGUUUCUUGAUGACGACAAAUUAAUACGUUGUGGCGGCAGAAUAUCUAACGCACCGUUAUUACACAGCACAAGAUUUCCCUACCUACUUCCUUCCAAAGACAACCUUACAAAGCUUAUUAUUUUGGACGCACACGUUACACAUAUGCAUUCCGGUACUGAGAGCACAGUAACAUAUCUUCGCCAGAAAUUUUGGAUUCCUAGCAUUCGCCAGCGUGUUCAGAAAAUAGUCCGCUCGUGUGUUACGUGCCGUAAGGUCACAGGAAGAGCAUAUCGAGUACCUGACCCCCCACCGUUACCUAGCAACAGAUUGAAGGUUGCGCCACCAUUCACAGUAACCGGCAUAGACUUUACCGGAGCUUUAACAGUAAAAGCAUCGAGCGGAGAACUACAGAAAGCAUACAUUUGCCUUUUCACAUGUGCCAAUACGCGAGCUGUCCAUCUAGAAAUAGUACCGAACAUGACUGUGGGCUCAUUUAUUAUGGCUCUACGACGUUUCUUCAGCAGAAAAGCAAUACCCAAGGUCAUUAUGUCGGAUAACGCCCUGACGUACAUCGCCACCGCCAAAAUCCUGAAGGAAGAGGUCCUUGGAACACAUGGAAUAGCAUGGUCAUUUAUUCCCCAGCACGCGCCAUGGUACGGAGGCUGGUGGGAGAGGCUUAUUGGCAUAACAAAGACCUGUAUCAGAAAAGUACUCGGGAAGUCGUUGGUUAGCAUGGAAGUUCUUCAAACAAUUACUUCAGAAGUAGAAUGUAUCGUAAAUGACCGCCCACUCACACACACAUCUACAGACCCCUUGGAUGAGGAACCACUUACCCCUUCCCAUCUGCUGUAUGGAAGAAGAGUAAUCUCCCCUGUUUAUCCAGACGACACGGAGACCGCAGCAGACGACCUAUCCCGUGACUCUGCAGACAAACUUUAUAGAUUUAAGUCUGCAACACUUGAACACUUCUGGUCGAGAUGGAAGCAUGAAUACCUAACAUCUCUGCGAGAGUUUCACAGAACAUCCGGUAACCAUGGAGAUGCUGUUAUGGUUGGUGACGUCGUGCAGAUACAUGACACCAGCUUACCAAGAAAUCGCUGGUCCCUUGGCGUGAUUGAAGACGUUAUCGUUGGAAACGAUGGACUUAUUCGAGCAGCCCGUGUUAGAUCAAGACGAGGUGUAACUACCCGACCCAUAUCAAAACUGUAUCCACUCGAGCUGAAGUAA